CUGAAUGCAAUCAUGGACAAACAGAAAGACAUCGAAAUUCCGGACUGGCUGAAGGCAGAUGUCUUUCAAGGUCUUUUAAAAGAGCAGGUCAAAGAUUACAAGGAAACAAAGUCCUUGAGAGCCUGCGCUGGUGUAGCCAAGGGGGAGAACUAUGCCACCAGAGUGCUAAGGGUUGAGUUAGAUGUAAAAACUGAAGACAAAUCGCAGCUGACAAAAACCUUUAUGCUGAAGACCCCCAUGGCUGCCCAUCGCCCACUACUAAUUCCAGGAAAUAAUAUAUUCGAUACAGAGCGGGGAAUGUACAUGAAAGUGGUGCCCGAAAUGGAGCAAAUGUAUCGCGAUGUUGGUCUCGAGGUGAAGUUCGGGGCACAGUCUUACGAGAUCCUCACCACCGAUUACUAUGUUCUCUUGGAAGACCUGAGGCCCCAAGGAUUCAAGAAUAUCGAUCGUCUGCAGGGUUUGGAUCAAGCCCACACCGAGAGCGCUCUGCGGAAAUUCGCCCAGUGGCAUGCCGCAUCGGCCGUCCGUGUGGAUACCAAGGGACCAUACGAGGAGCACUAUACGAGGGGGUUCUUCCAAAGCCAACCACUGCUAAACUCCAUCUGCAAUGACAGCAUGAAGUCUUUGCUGAAGUACAUAGAACUCUACGAAGGACAAGAGACGUACAUACAAGAAUUGCAUAAUAUUUCCACAAAGUUAAUGGAUGUUGCGGUUGAUAUAGGCCAACCGAAACCAAAUGAAUUCAACGUUCUCAAUCAUGGAGAUGCUUGGAGCAAUAACAUUAUGUUUCAGUACAAUGAGAAAAAUGAGAUAUCAAACACAUAUUUCGUUGAUCUUCAACUACCAAAGUGGGGAACAGUAGCACAGGAUUUAUAUUACUUCCUACUUUCAUCCCCAAGUUUGGAUAUUAAAACAACGAAAUUUGACUAUUUCGUUUGGUUUUAUCACUUGGAGCUCGUGAAGCAUCUAAGAUUGCUGAAAUAUGCGAAACCUCCACCCACGCUGAAAAGUAUACUCCUCGAUCUGUGCCGAUACAGUGGCUGGGGAUUCGUUUGCACCUUAUGGAUAAUGGGCUAUGUUUUAAUGGAUCCUACGGAGGAAAAUGGUUUCGAGGCACUCUUCAGUAAUGAAGAAAGUAGUUUUAAGAAAUUAAUGUACACCAAUCCCAGAUACCGAAAGCAUGCGGAAGUUAUUUUGCCAUGGCUGAAACAUCGUGGGGCUCUGGAAUAGAUAAUCUAUUGUAAAUAUAUGUAAAUAGAAACUG